AUGGGUGAGCUUGUAAAUGCUGCAAGAACAUUAGGUGAAACAGGAAAUUUUGUAGAUGGUUUUAAAAGACUUGUUUCAAAUGUUUUAACAAACACAAAGAAAUUAUUUAGAUAUACCGUACAUAACGGACGGAUUUUCGAACAGAUAGCAACAAACCCUCCGGUUAUGGCUGCGUUGAUGAUGGUUAGAGAUAUAAAACCACGUAACGACGGGAACGAAGAACAUGAACAACAGGAUACUGGUCGGGUUAUUCGAGACAUUAAAAACGUGUAUCCUGAAGUUAUUGAUUUAUUUAGAGGAGUUAAUGAUUCAAUUUCAAAACAUUCUAUAACCCUCGAUGAAGAGAAUAAAUUAACAGAUUAUAUAUUCGUCAUUAUUGCAGAAUUAAUGAAGAGAAUAAAUGAAAAAGGAAUUGGUGAUAUCAUUAAUGUCAGCGAUGUAAUGAUGAAAAGAAAUUUUGACUCAUUAUUUACAAAACCGAAAACAGAAUAUAGUCUUUAUGACGUAAUUACCGAAUUAAUGAAAAAGAUUAAUGAUAAUAAGAGUUCUGGCGGAAGAGUUGAACUUGAAAUAAAUGAGAUAGAAGAGAAAUUAGCCGAAAAAGCAGAUAAAAACCACGUUCAUUAUAUAACUUCAGACGAACAGAUUAUAACGGACUACCAUGGAUAUUUAACACGAACUGAAGAAGAA